AUGGAUCAAAUAGAUUUGUAAGAUAUGAGAAAGAAGCUUCAUGGAUACAAAAAGUUUGGAAAAAAAUAAGUCAUUAGUAUUCUCAAUCAACUAGAGGAUCCCAAAAUUGAUCAGAAGGCCCUUGCUGACUCCAAAAUCCUCAAAACUGUAAGGACACUAACUUAAAUUGAAGUAGUUGGAGAUGCUUCUUUAAGUGAAUAAGAUCUUAAGUAAAUCAAAGAGAAAGCCACAGAAACAUUAUAAAAAUUGAAGAAAAAUGAGAAGCCUGUACAACAAGACAAAGUAUAACCGAUUUCUGUAACCCCAGACAGAAGGUAAUCUGUCGAUAUUCCAAAUACAAUUCCAAUUAAUUAAAAUGAUUUUAUUAAUUAAUUGGAGCUUCCUUAAAAUUUUGAUCCUACAAGACUCAAAGUGUUAUAGACUUUAAUUCAGAAAUUCACUAAUGAAACUACUCCCCAUUAGGAAAGCAUUAAAUUUUGUAAGAAAUUAGAAAAAGAAAUUAACUAAAAGUUUUUGAAUAAAGAGAGACAAUACUAAACUGCCAUCAGAGAGAUUCUAAAGUACCUAUAAAAUGAUAGGGAUGGAAGUGUUCGUAAUAGAAUGUUAUCAGGAUUGGUUGAUAUACCAACAGCCGCUCAAUUGAGAUCAGAGGAUUGGACUAGUGCAACAAGACUGGCCAUAGCAGGUGGAGUAGGCAGAGAAAUAUUAUCAGCAAAUGAUAUGAACCAUAACAAAUAUAUAGCUUAAGCCAUCAAUAAGGAUGUAGCCUUGGGUUUAUGCAAUAACUGUGGAUAAAAAUAAAUGAAAUUGGUCAAUGAGAUUUAAACCAGGGCUAGUGAUGAACCUUCGACCAAAUUUUAUGAAUGUUUGAAUUGCGGCAUUGGAGAAACUACAAACGGUUGAUUUUAUAGGAUAUUGAAUAUAAAUAUAGUAAUACACUUAACCAGAGACAUUU